AUGGAUAGUCUUAAAUUUAUACUCUAUUUAGUUUUUGGAGCGUUUCUUAUUCAAUUAGUGUGCUUAGAACCCGCUGAGAAAUGUGAUCCUACCAUAUGUACCAUUCAAACUAAUUGUAGGUGUUCAGAUGCAAGUUCUCCUUUUACAACUAAGCUUGAUGAUUGGCCACAAUUUAUUACUCUAACUUUUGACGACCACAUGACGGAGCAAAUGUUAGAUGACGUUUACUUGCCAUUAUUGAUACAUUUAGUCAAUCCUGAUGCAAGACCAAUUAGUGCCACGUUUUUUAUUCCACAUGAUAAUACCAACUAUCAAGCUGUCAAUGAGAUGUACAAUUUUGGAUUUGAAGUGGGGGUAAAUUCCAUAACGAAAAAUACCUCACCUGCUUAUUGGGAAAGUGCAUCCGAAGAAACAUUGAUCGAAGAAUUUAAAGGUCAAAAGCAUAUUUUGUCACAUUUUGCUAAUAUACCUAUCAACGAAAUACAAGGAGUUAGAACUCCCCAAUUUACACUCGCGGGAAAUGUCUCUAUAAAGGCUUACCGUGAAGCAAAUUUUACGUACGAUAAUUCUUGGCUUUCAUCAACGCCCUUAUUUCCUUACACCUUAGAUUAUAAAUCUACGCAAACAUGUAGCUCCGAUAGCGUAUGUCCCAAUGAAGCUUUUCCGGGAUUUUGGGUGUUACCAGUUAACACAAUAAAGGGCAUGGACGGCAAGGAAUGUACUUAUUUAUCCAAAUGUGGAAUUCAGGAUAGAGCCUCUCUGAUCUCUAAUUGGCUUACUAAUGAAGUGGAUAAAUUGAGAAACACAACCAAGGCUCCACUGACCUUAAACAUCGAUUCAGCAUUUUUCACGGGCUUUAAAAACACUUAUACAGCUCUAGGUAUUUUCUUGAAAAAUAUGAAGGCGAGACUGGAUGUAUUUCUUGUAUCUCAUAGUCAGCUACUUCUUUAUAUGUCAAAUCCCAGAAAUAAAACUUCAUAUAAAUCGGACUAUUUCACUGAUUCGACUCUAUGCUAUCACAAUUUAUGUAAUCUAAAGAAAGGAGACGAAACGAGAAAUAUGGAUUGCUGUGCAGAUUGUCCAGAUGUUUAUCCAUGGCUUGGAAACCCUGACGGCAACAAGACAGUUGAUUAA